AACACGGUGAGUUAACAUCCUGGAAGCAAUAGUUUAUAACCCUGCCAAGCGUUGUUAGUGGUGACUUGUGGAGCGGCCACCAGGUAGCUUCAGGUGCGGGGAUCCUCCAGGGAAAAACUUGUGUCGUUGUGUGCGAGUUUGACUUCCUCGUCUCCCGCAUGGCACCGCGAGGUGUCUCCCACCGGCUGCGAGCCUGCGUGGUCCUGCUGCUCUGUUUAUCCGAGGCCCUGCCUCCUGCAGCCGCCUCGGACCCCAGCAGAAACUUCUAUGACACUCUCCGCGUGGAGCCAACGGCCACCGGCGGACAGAUCAAGAAGGCUUUCCGCCGACUGGCCGUGAAGUACCACCCCGACAAGAGCAGGGGCGCCGAUGCUGAGAAGACUUUCAGAGAGAUGGCUGAAGCCUACAGAGUGCUCUCCAACGAGGAGAAGAGGAGGCUCUAUGACAGUGUGGGCCACGAGGCUUUUCUGAAAAACCAGGGCUUUGUUGAUGCCGAGGAAUACACAAGCUCUCACUUCAGUUUCCCAGACUUUUUCCAUGAUUUCAAUGACAGUCCCUUUGGGGAGGAGCCCCACUUUACCUGGAGCUUUCCUCCGGACUGGGAGGACGAGGACGGUCCACAGGAACCUUAUGGCUUUGAGGGGCCUGGCUUCAGCUUUUAUUUUGGGGAUGGGGAUGAAAUUGAGGACGAGUACCCCUACUAGAUAUCAGAUUUUUUUUCUUUCUUUGUCCUGUACCAUGUACCACUGUUACAUUUUAAUGUAUUAUCUUUUAUUGAUAACAAAGUCUCCUCAUUAAAUUGUUUACUCAGUAUCCAA